GAUUAGUUCUUUGCUUGUCGCGCACAUCAAAUAUUAAAUAAGUAUUUGAAUUCUUUACUAUAUCCUUUACAAGGGCAAAAAAUAUUAACGUUACUUGCAAAAUGGCUAGCAAAGUGCCAACCGUCAAACUAAACAGUGGUCACAGUAUUCCCAUCAUUGGUCUAGGAACCUGGAAUAGCCCUCCCGGCCAAGUGGUUGAAGCUGUAAAAACUGCCAUCGAUGUUGGAUAUCGUCACAUUGACUGCGCCUACGUCUAUCAAAAUGAGGCUGAGGUCGGAGCCGGAAUUGAAGCCAAGAUUAAGGAGGGAGCUGUCAAGCGCGAGGAUCUCUUUAUUACCAGCAAGUUGUGGAAUACAUUCCAUCGCCCGGAUUUGGUGAGAUCCGCCUGUGAGAACACACUGGACUUGUUGAAGUUGAAGUAUUUGGAUCUGUACUUGAUUCACUGGCCUAUGGGAUACAAGUCGGGCUGCGAACUAUUCCCAGUCGAUAAGGAUGGCAAAACUCUUUACUCGCCCGAUGAUUACGUUGACACCUGGAAGGAAAUGGAGAAACUUGUCAAGGAUGGCUUGGUCAAAUCUAUUGGCGUUUCUAACUUCAACAAGAACCAAAUUGAACGUGUCCUGGCGGUUGCCACAAUUCCACCAGCCACAAAUCAAGUGGAGUGCCAUCCAUAUUUGACGCAGAAGAAACUUGCUGAGUUCUGUAAAUCAAAGGAUAUUACCAUUACUGCCUACAGUCCAUUGGGUAGCCCCAACCGUCCUUGGGCCAAGGAAGGUGAUCCGGUCAUUUUGGAGGAAGAAGCGAUCAAGAAAAUUGCUGCAAACAAGAAGAAGACUGCUGGCCAGAUCUUAAUUCGCUAUCAAAUCCAACGCGGUAACAUUGUCAUACCAAAGUCUGUGACCAAGGAUCGCAUCGAAUCGAACUUCAAGGUCUUCGACUUCGAGCUGACCGAUGAGGAAAUCAAGACCAUUGAAGGAUUCGAGUGCAAUGGCCGCCUGGUGCCCCUGUUGAAUCAAUACGGCCACCCUCACCAUCCAUUUGAGAAAGAUGAGUUUUAAUUGGACAACCCACGAGUUAAUGAUUGUUUUGAUAAACCUUACACACUUUACACAUGUGCUAUACACAAUAUACUAUAUACACAUAUUAUUGAAAUAAGAGAAUAAAUAUGCUGGCAUAAUUAUGAUAAUUAUAA